GCAUUUGUCAUCUCCUUCACGUCAGACUUCAUCCCUCGGAUGGUCUACCAGUACAUGUACAGCCCUGAUGGCUCCAUGCAUGGAUUUGUCAACCAUACGCUCUCCUACUUUAAUGUCAGCCAUUUCCAGGAAGGAAAAGAACCAAUGGAUCCUCUGCACCUUGGCUACCACGUUGAGAUAUGCAGGUAUAAGGACUACAGAGAACCGCCUUGGUCAGCCACACCAUACGAGAUCUCAAAGGAAUUCUGGACAGUACUGGCGGUACGACUGGCAUUUGUCAUUAUUUUCCAGAACGUUGUGAUGCUGAUGAGCGACAUUGUGGACUGGCUGAUUCCAGACAUCCCAAAAGACAUCAGCAUGCAGAUCCACAAAGAGAAGAUUCUACUAGUAGAGCUCUUCAUGAGGGAAGAGCACAGCAAGAGCCGUAACCUUGACAGCAGGGUGUCCGGGAAGGGGAAGGCCAACAGCAGCAACAGCAGCAACAACAACAACUACAGCACUACAGUGCACCCCCGCUCUGGGCCGCACAACAGCACUGGGAGCCUCUGAUGCUGGAGACAUUCAUCCUUAGCUCUUCAUUAGCAGAGCUUGGCUGGCAGGAAGUGCUAAUAGCCUACUAGCUCAGGCUAACUAACUUUGUGUUUUAUCCUUUUUCAGUACAUUCCAACAACUGGGAGAGCAGUUGGGUGAUGAGAUGUGAAUUGAUUGGGGGAGGGGGUUAAUAUGUGGCUCUCAAUUAGUGUGUGCACUUAGAUUUGUAAAACAAACUGAUACUUUUUUAAUUAGUACAGGAAACUGUACACUUAAAGGUGGGGUAGGUAAGUUUGAGAAACUGGCU